AUGCCCAUUCCUCCAUCCGAGUCUAGUAGGGGUUCCUCGGGUUAUCCACCACCCACCUCCUUGUUCAAGGGUUGGAAGUUUGGACAACUCCCUAAAUAUACCCCUAUUCCUCCAUCUAGACCUAAUAGGGAAGCUCGGAUUAUCCACCACCUCCUCCUACCCCUUUUCUCAAAGGUUGGAACUUUGAAAAACUUCCUAAACAUAUCCCUAUUCCUCCAUCCGAACCUAGCGGGGGCUCCUCGGAUUAUCCACCACCACCACCUCCCAACUCCUUGUUUAAGGGUUGGAACUUUGGACAACUCCCCGAAUAUACCCUUAUUCCUCCAUCUAGACCUA